UGAGAGUAUUGUGAGCGAGUGAUCUCCCUUCUGAGUCUCCUUUCCCCUCGCUCUCUCUCCCUCUCCCAGUUUUCAUUCUGCUUUUACUCCCCCUGUCUCCCCACUCUCGCUCCUGCUCACACAGUAACUCCUCCUCCCCCCACUACCCAUUGUCUCACCAUACAGUACUCGGCUGAGGGGAUGCCAUACUCGUUCCAGCGAGGGACGCAGGAGAGGAAGAAGGAGAUGUUAGGAAAGGAAACUACUCACCACUUCUACAUGCACUAGGUGGAUAUCCAUCGUUCCAGUAAAAAUGCAGCCUCACCCACCAGAGAGACGACCACUACACCAACAGCAGCCAAAGCCUGGAGGUCAAAGGUACACAUUUCAAUUGCUGUGGCUUGGCUGGAGGAAUUUGCACUGACAACUCAAACUUUCAUAAUUAGGUAACCAAUAGGCUUCUUUUUUUUUUUCACUGAAUACAUUUUGACAUGUUAGAGAUAAAAGCCCAGGUGUAAAUAAUACAAUGUAUUUCAAUGAAUUAAAUUGUCAUGGCUUGGGACAUAGAAAUGACUCACAGAGUGUAUUCACGGACACAAAUAUCGUGUUUAAGAUUGGGGUUUUUGAAGUAAACCGUUUUUGUGUUUAAGCAUCAUGUAAACAACUAAUCCUUUAUUUUGAUCAAAACCGGUACAAACCUCAUAACCGGGAUACUCAUGUCCAUGUAAAAACACUGUUAAUUAGUAACGCCUGUACUUUUCUGUAUUUAGAUAUGAUAUAUCUAAAUGUUAACUAAGCUUAAAAUUAGUUUAUCAUCAGGUCAUGAAAGGAUUUCAAUUUAAUGCUUUCGCUGGCGGUGCUUUACUGAGUACCGGAAUUGUUAAAUUGCUGUCAAUCAAGUCGUCGGUUGCAGCUGUUCUUCUCAGUUCAGAUCCUCAGACCACGAGCAAGAGGGAUUCCUACGCGUCAGCUCUGUCGGAUAGCAUCUGCCUUCACAAGUAUAAAGAGCAGCCGCUGAAGUUGAACUACAUUUGAUUAUUUUCCGCGUCGUACUCGUGACAUGUCGCUGUUUUCGGAGGACCCGGCUCACCUCUCUAAAGCCAGACUGAAGUUGGAUCUGGUUGCCCACAAUGUCGCGCUGCCACCUGCCAAGAGCAAAAAGGAGAUUUAUGUGGAGUUGCACUUAAAACACAUCAAUCAGAAAAACUCAGCGGAUUUUUCCAGCGACGAGGAGGAUCAAGUACGAUAUGUGGCAGACGAGGAGGAGGAGGAGGAGGAGGAGGAGGCAGAGAUGGCUGACCCGAGUGGAUUGACUGACGAUGACCUCAUGGCCGCGCUUCUCAAACACGGGGUUAAAGCUGGGCCCAUAGUCGCCUCCACCAGAGCAGUGUAUGAGAAGAAGCUCAGGAAACUGCUUCAGUCUGAUGGACAUGGCUGUCUGAACGGAGUAGAGCAAGGUGUAUUGUACUCUGACAGUGAAGACGAGGAUGAAAAUGGGGAACAAGAGGACGAAGAGUCAGGUUCCGAAGGAGCAGAAGAAGAAACGCAUGAACAGUCAGACCAGGCACAACAAGGGAGCGGCCAGAAUGGUGUUUUUUUUUACCCGCAGUGCUUUUUACCCCCAUCAAGGCUGCAUGCGCAUUCUUCUAGAAACAGGGAACUGAGUCCCAAGUGGAAUUCAGGGAAUGUGAUACAACCAUUGGAGCGGAGUCGUCCUAGCUGCUCAAAGAUUCCCGUAGGAAUUAGUAGAGCAUCCUCUGUAGAUCAACGCUCGGGAUUAGGAUCAGGGUUUCCAUCUGGAUCAGUUAUGCCCAAUGAUGGCUCAACGAUUUCCUCUCAGGCCUUCAGCAUCACCCAGAUGGUUGAGGAGAUGGAGAGUUCGAGGUCACACUCCAUGAGCAUAGACACUGAGAGGGAUUUGAAUGGGUGCAAUGUGCAGGAGCAUUGUUCGUGCUCCAGCAGGCUGGAUAUGCCCACUCCUAACAAGGACAACCUGAAGAACCAGUCCCUGUACUACACGCCCAAGGCAUCCACUUAUGAUUGGGAAAUCAAGGAGCCCAUGAAAGAUACUUUCAGGGACCUGCUUCCAAACACUAAUGCCACACCCACAGGGAUCUAUGCCACUCGCCGGAGAGCCAUCAAGGGUGCAGCAGGGAGACCUGUCCAGUACACGUACCCAGACACUCCUGCCAGUCCCACGACGUUGGAGAGACGAGAGGUUGAGCGCCGCCUUGUGCCAGUCCAGAUCCAGAUUUUGGUCUUCCUCAUUGUGGUGUGCCUCUUGUACCUCAUUUAUGUUUGUGUUCAGGACGACUCACUUAGUACAUUUGUGGCCUUACUGGACAGUCUAAACCAGGGUACAGACAGCGAGGAGGGGCUUUCGCUUCAGGCUGAGACACGGGACGCACCAGCACUCUCUGGACUGGAGUAACUCUUUAAUCCUCCACAUUGAUUU